AUGGCCAACCAUGAAGCUGUAAACCAUGAGAUAAUUACUACUUUAGGGGACUGUCCACCCUCCCAGGCACAUCUUCACAGGAUACCCACUGAUAAUAUGCCAUUCUAUUGUGACUUAUGUGAAGAAGUUCUUCUUAAGAAGGACAUUCCCAGUCACGUAUGCAGUGUGCCCGACAAGAAGCCAGAGCCAGAGAAUACAAAAUUCUAUGACACGCACUGUGGAGUGGCAGAUAUUGAUACUGGCACUGACUGCACCAGGAGUCUUAAUUGUAAAGUACAUUCUGUUAUAAUGAAAAGGUCCAUCACAAAGAGGUCUCUCCCAUACGAUGUCCUUGUGAAGCGGGUUAUUGAGGAGAGGAAGAAAAGGAAGAUUGAGAAGGAUGAGGUUAAACUUGAUAAAAGAGAGAAAUUAGAAGAUCCAAAUAAUAAGCUAGAAGAUUUAAUAUGCAGUAAGAUCCUGUCACACGUCCCUGUGAUUGAGAAGACCUUCUACUUACCUGAGAUUAAGUUUGACACACUGGCUGUACGCAGCUUAUUCUUUCAGCCGUUGAAGAUAUACAGAAUGCAGAAUGACAGGAAGUACACUAAAAAAUAA